GCUUAGUUGAUCGCCCUCUGAAGCCAAGGAAUGUGAGGCUGCUGUCCACUAAAAUGGGCCUGAAAGUCACGUGGGAGCCACCCAAAGAUGCUGCCAGUAGACCCGUGGAGCAUUACAACAUUGCCUAUGGGAAGUCACUGAAAAGCCUUAGCUACAUCAAGGUGAAUGCGGAGACAUCCUCCUUCCUUAUCGAGGAUGUGGAGCCGGGGGUAGUGUACUUUGUGCUGGUUACUGCAGAAAAUCACAGUGGAGUGAGCCGUCCAGUUUACAGAGCUGAAAGUCCACCUGGAGGUGAAUGGAUCAAGAUUGAUGGUUUUCCCAUUAAGGGUCCAGCACCACUUAAUGAAACCGUCGCAGAAAAGGAAGUGCCCAACAAGCCCUUGCGUAUGCGCAUCCGGUCUUCAGAUGACAAGCUGUCUGUUCAGUGGAAAGCCCCACGCCUGUCCGGAGCCAAGAGUCCCCGCAGAUCACGAGGUUUUCUUCUGGGCUAUGGGGAAAGUGGCCGAAAGAUGAAUUACGUCCCAUUGACAAGAGAUGAGCGAACGCACGAAAUUAAAAAGCUCGCCUCUGAGUCAGUGUACGUGGUCUCCCUGCAGUCUGUGAACUCCCAGGGCCGGAGCCAGCCAGUCUACAGGGCAGCCUUGACAAAGCGGAAAAUUGCAGAAGAGGAUGAGCUGGAUGUGCCCAAGGACAUCAGCGUCCGUGUGAUGUCAUCCCAGUCUGUGCUCGUAGCCUGGGUGGACCCUGCCUUGGAAAAACAGAAGAAGGUUGUUGCAUCAAGACAGUACGCAGUGCGCUACCGAGAAAAGGGGGAGUCAGCAAGGUGGGAUUACAAGCAGACCUCCAACAGACGUGUGCUGGUUGAGAACCUGAUUCCAGACACCAUGUAUGAAUUUGCAGUCCGUAUUUCACAGGGUGAAAGAGAUGGCAAGUGGAGCACGUCUGUCUUCCAAAGAACACCAGAAUCUGCUCCUACCACAGCUCCUGAAAAUUUAAAUGUCUGGCCAGUCAAUGGCAAAGCAACAGCCGUCACUGCAUCUUGGGAUCUACUUCCCGAGACGGAGGGGAAAGUGAAAGAAUACAUUCUUUCAUACGCCCCGGCUCUCAAACCAUUUGGAGCAAAGUCCCUCACCUACCCUGGAGAGACUACUUCUGCCAUAGUGGAUGGUCUGCAGCCUGGGGUACGGUAUCUUUUCAAAAUCCGGGCCUCAAACAGGAGAGGACAGGGUCCUCAGUCCAAAGCCUUCGUUGUCACUAUGCCAACAACCAGUACCGGUGACUCAAAUAUUGAGCUGAAAGCAGAUGUGGCGGAUGAUUUGAAACCUGCAAAACCCGAGCCUUCGUCCUCUUCUCCAAGAGUCCCAGCUUCCUCAAGACAUAUUCAGUUGCCUGUUUCUCCCCACAGUAGAAAUGCCAAGAACCAUCUUCUUGACUUGAAGAACAAAAUAUUGGCUAAUGGUGGGGCACUCAGAAGGCCCCAGCUCCACAGUAAAAAGACUGAAGAUUUGGACCUCCAGUCAACUGAAGUCACUGAGGAGGAGCUGGAGUCCCGCAUAGACUCACACACGUUGUCCUCUGAGACCCAAGAACGAAAGCAAACCCUGAGGCCAUCACCUCCGAGUAGGUCUUUGCCUGCUGCUCUAAUUCCUGGGAGGACUCCAGUUCGAGCCCAGAUGCCAAUGUUGCCCCGAAAGGAAGCCAUAGACAAGCAUGGCUCCUCAUGGUCCUCUCACCCUGCUCCGGAGGCCUCUCCCUCAACAUCCACCUCAUCUGCACACCACACCUACACCGAUGCUGAAACAGGGCACCUGAGACAGGGCAGCUCAAGGCGUCCUUCCACAGGACCCUCUGCAAGCUUGCCUGCCAAUAGCGCCGACAACGACUCCAUUGAUGAAGAAGAUGACAAGGAAGAGCGUGCUGCCCAUGUCCCCCAACCCAAGUCCUCUAAGAAACUGCCUUCUAGAACGCCAGCACAUUCUAGGCCAGCCAUGCCGAGCAGCCAGCAGUCAGCUUCCAGCACUGUGCGGGAGAGAAGCCAAGUGCACCCUGAGCAGAGGACGCCCCAUUCUGAGGGCCUGGAGGAAAAUCUGGACAUUCCAGGCCUAUCCUCAAGACUUUCUCUAUCCAGGGCCUCAUCUAGGUUGCUGCCAUCUGAACCACAUGCUGGCUCUCCACUCUCCAGGGGGCUGAAAAACGGCCACCUCAUGGGGGCCACCCACUCCAAUACACCAUCACGGUUUACUGUGUCUUCCCCAGCCUCUUCCCGUCUCCCCUGGAGGACACAGAUCUCUGAUGGCAAUGGCGACAGUGACAAUGACGCAGAAUACAGAGGCAGGCAGACAGAGGCCGCUGCCCCCACACUUCGGGCCCGGCUGCCAGCCAGUCGGCCUGUCUCUGGACAUCUCAGUUUUUUUAGAAACAGGCCGUUUGGUGCCAACGGUCGAUAUCCAAGCAGGUUUGGCAAUGGCCGAGGGUUGCGGCUCCAGCCAUCUGGGGUCCCCCAGUCCACUGUGUCCUCCCGAGUGCCAUCCAGGGUUAACUCUCACCCAACCUCCAGUCACAGGCUUGGCACAGGUAUCCGUGGAGAUGACGAGGAGAGGAACGCGGAGGACGAACAGCCGCUUCCUGCCACCGUUAUCAAUGACCUUGUACCCUCCUCCUCCAGGCAGCCUGCCUCCCGGGGGAUGGACCACCUCAGAAGGGUCCUUCAGAGAGCGCCCAGUGUGCAAAGAAAGGACCCCCUCUCAGGAAACCUCAAAUCCGCGGUGACUUCUCCAUCAGAGUCGGCAGAAGUGCCUUCGCAGGGCAAGUCCGCGGCACCGCUCUCCAAGGCACAGGAUGUCCAAAAGAGCUCAGACAAGGAGGGCGAUGCUUCCCAAACACAGCCAGUGUCCCCAGGGCGCCAGCCCUCCCCGGCGAGACUGUCACCUGCGCGGUCACAGCCCCACCCUGGGUCCAGUGUUCCGAGAAGGACAGCCCCUGGCCAAGGUCUGGGCGCCAGAGCUGCCGCCUCAGAGAAGCAUCCUUGGCCACACCGCCCUGUGUCCCAGCACCAGCCCCGGGGACACCAGGACAAGGACCCAGGGCACGCAUUCUCCAGACCCAGUCAAGAGCAUCCUCAGUCUGGAGGGUCCCAGGCCGCGUCUCCAGCACCUCAACACCCACGGGCCCCCCAGCCCUCUUUCUCGGCCUCCCUGCAGGGUCAGGACGAGGACACCGAUAGGAGGCACGACGACAACCCAGAGGACAGCUUGGAAGCAGCGGCCCAGGACGUGCGGCUUCCCACGCGCUCGGCCCAGGCCCCGGAGGCCGCCGCGGCCCUCUCCAAGCACCGCCAGGUGGAGGCUGGGGCCGGCCUCACCGACGAGAAAGCCCGCGGCCGACACGCGGCCCCCCGAGGCCCAGGCUGGGUCCUGAGGCCCGGCGGCUCCCACCCCGCGCCCCGCACCCGGGUCCCCGGCCGCGCGGGGCCGCAGGCGGGGGAGAAGAACGGCGCCGUCCAGGCCGCGCCGGGGAAACUCCAGCCUCUGCCCAAAAGGCCUCUGCCGCCCAAGUCUCCGCAGUCGGUCUCCGCGGAGGAGGAGGAGGAUGCUGGCCUUCCCAAAGGAGGAAAGGACGACGCCCCUCGGGCCCCAGUUCCCAAGUGGCCCUCCUCCUCGGUCUUCACGGGCGCCAAACACGCGGAGGGCAACCUCGCCGAGGACAAGCGGGGGCCUGCGCUCGCGCUCCCCCCGGCCCGGGCGGGCCCUCGGCCGGAGGAGGAGGCUCCCCGCAGGCGGCCGCUCCCGGCCCGAGCCUCCCCCGCGCCGCCCACGUCCGCCCCGCGCAGCCCGGCCACCCCUGGGCCCGGGCCCGGCACCCCUGCGCGCCCACCGCCCCCCACGCGCGCGCCGCCCACCUACACCGAGACCACCCCCAUGCUGUCCCUGCGCCAGCGCAUGAUGCAGGCCAGGUUCCGGAACCCUCUGCAGCGCCCGCCGGCCAGACCCACCUACAGACAAGGUUAUAAUGGCAGACCAAGCAUAGAUGGGAACGUUCUUCCUGGUAGCAAUGGAAAACUAAGUGGACAAAGAAUUAUCAAUGGCCCUCAAGGAACAAAGUGGGUCGUGGACCUUGAUCGUGGGUUAGUGCUAAAUGCAGAAGGAAGGUACCUCCAAGACUCACAGGGGAAUCCUCUUCGGGUUAAACUAGGAGGAGAUGGACGGACCAUUGUGGAUCUGGAAGGGACCCCUGUGGUGAGCCCUGAUGGCCUCCCCCUCUUUGGGCAGGGGCGGCAUGGCAAACCUGUGGCCAGUGCCCCAGAGAAGCCCAUUUUAAGCCUUGGAGGGAAGCCCCUAGUGGGCCUGGAGGUUGUCAAAACAACCACCCGUGCCCCCUCCACAACUGUGCGGCCCACCACUACUACCACCCCUCUGCCUACUACUACAACCCCACGACCCACGACGACCACCACCCGGCGGACAACCACUACCACCCGCCGGAUGACCACCACCACACGCCCAAGGACAACAAUCCGGACCACCACACAGACCACCACCACCACCCCUGAGCCCACCACCCCAGUCCCCACCUGUCCCCCUGGCACUGUGGAACAGCUUGACGAAAAUGGCAACCGGAUAAUGGGCUCCAAUGGGAUCCCUGAGUGCUACCCUGAAGAAGAUGAGUUCUCUGGACUGGAGAGUGACACGGUGAUACCCACAGAGGAAGCCUACGUUGUCUAUGAUGAAGAUUAUGAAUUUGAGACUGUGAGGCCAACAGCCACCACCAAGCCCUCAACGACUGUGGCCACACCGAGUGUCAUUUCACCAGAAGGGUCAAUCAGCUCUUUCCCUGAGGAAGAAUUUGAUCUGGCUGGAAAGAAACGAUUUGUUGCUCCUUAUGUGACGUACCUAAAUAAGGACUCGUCAGCUCCAUGCUCCCUGACCGAUGCCCUAGAUCACUUCCAAGUGGACAGCCUGGAUGAAAUCAUUCCAAAUGAACUGAAGAAGAGUGAUCUACCCCCUCAGCAUACUCCCCGCAACAUCACCGUGGUUGCUGUGGAAGGCUGCCACUCAUUUGUCAUCGUGGACUGGGACAAAGCCGCCCCAGGAGAUGUGGUAACAGGUUACUUGGUCUACAGUGCAUCCUAUGAAGACUUCAUCAGGAACAAGUGGUCUGCUCAAGCUUCAUCGGUAACUCAUUUGCCCAUUGAGAACCUGAAGCCAAAUACAAGGUAUUAUUUUAAAGUCCAAGCCCAAAAUCCUCAUGGCUAUGGGCCUGUCAGCCCUUCAGUCUCAUUUGUUACGGAAUCAGACAAUCCUCUGCUUGUGGUGAGGCCGCCAGGUGGUGAGCCCAUCUGGAUUCCGUUUACUUUCAAACACGACCCUGGCUACACAGACUGCCACGGCCGGCAAUACGUGAAGCGGACGUGGUACAAGAAGUUUGUGGGCGUCGUUCUCUGUAACUCCCUGAGGUAUAAGAUCUACCUCAGUGACAACCUCAAAGACACAUUCUACGGCAUCGGGGACAGCUGGGGAAGAGGUGAAGACCAUUGCCAGUUUGUGGAUUCACACCUUGAUGGAAGAACAGGGCCUCAGUCCUACGUAGAAGCCCUACCUCCCAUUCCAGGCUACUAUCGCCAGUAUCGCCAGGAACCAGUCAGAUUUGGUCGUAUUGGUUUCGGAACCCCCUACUACUAUGUGGGCUGGUACGAGUGUGGGGUCUCCAUCCCAGGAAAGUGGUAGCCACAGGACAGUCAUGCUGAGUCACCCUGACCGGCCCCAUGGACGAACUUGCACUAGGGCCUGUGAGCACGUGGUCUAGAGAGGAAGAUAAAGACAAUGUCCCAGCUCUACCGUCUCAGGUGUCCAGAAGAGCAGAUGAUGAUACUGGGCAUUCUGGUUAUCUCCCGUCUGGAGCUCUGUCUCACUUCAUGCCUGGACUACAAACAGGAUUCAACUGCCAUGCUUACAUUGCUUCUCUACAUUUUUUGUUUAUGAUAGCACAUCCCCGGAGACAACAGAAACCAGCAGCUACCGGGGAUGCCGCUGCUUCACAGCAAUUUUCAAACUUUUUAGGUGCAAAACUCAGACAUUUCUGUAUCUCCAAGCAACAGCAUGAGCAUGCUGUGCUGUUUCCUUGGAUUCCUCCAAAGCUAGCUGAAUGUAUGCUUCAGACGUCUUCAUUUGCAGUAGAACUGAGUUACUAAAAACACCACCAAAGCAACCAUAUCCCACUUAAGAUUUAUCCUAUGGACUUACUCACUGCUAGACUAAGUAUAUCAAAUCUUAUUUGUAAAUUCUUAAUUUUGAUAUAUAUGUAUAUAUGCAUAUACAUAUACAUACUUGUCUGCAAGAAUAUUAAUUAAAAUUGCUACGUUUGUACUUGUUCACUAGAUGAAUGUGUGUGAAAGUUUUUGGAACAAAGGUGCUGUUUAUUAGCAUCUUUUAGAAGGGUCCAGGGAAUAUAUACUGUACUUAAUAUAACCGAAGCGGAAAGCUGUGUGUUCCUCCUGUGAGUGCUACUGGGCUAUGAGAGUUACUGGCAUACCAAGAUAUUAGCAAUGUUUAGUACCUGACCUGUACUAGCCAUCAC